AUGAGGGGAGCAGAGACCCUCUUCUUUGUUCUCUUCCUGGACUGUUGGCAAGCUUCAAAUACUGAAUUUUCAUCAAGUUCAAAAAAUUUGGAUGAAGACCUGGCUAAAAUAUUUGAUGAAAUUCUACAGCAGGUGUUUUCCAAGGUUCCAUAUGAGACACCAUUUGAUAAAACAAGAACAGCAAGCAAAUCAAUUACAAAGAGAGAAACAAGAGAAGAUUUCAUCAAAGAAGACAGUGUUGCUGGUUAUUCUACUAAACCAGGAUUUCUCCUUGGCAGCGUGGAUAGAAUGUCCACUCAUGGUCACAUUUCAGAGAAGAGAAAUAAAAAAUCUUCUCUGUUCAACAGUGAUAUAAAUGAGCAACCUGCUAAUGAAGAUAAAGAAACACUUCAAGAAGCAGUUAAGACAGAUACUCAAAAUAAGGACGUACCAUGUGCGCAGCUUCUGGGCUUCCUCCAGAGGAACAUCACCACUACUGCUGCCUCGGUGGCGGGGAUCCUCCUGGUGACGCUGUUCUUGCUGCUGGUGCUGACUGCAUGCAUCAGGAGGAAAAGGCCAUUAUAUCCUCCAGCAACCAUCACAUACAAUAUUUUUAUGCUGAAUGGGAAGACUUGGUGGCAAAAGUAUCAAGAAAAGAACCCCAGAAAACAAGAGGGAAAAGAGAAACAGCUGAAGUCCAAGUCCUGUAUCUAAGCCAGGUGGUGGGGCCGGCCAAACCAGGACGUAACGCUGUGAUGCCAGGCAGUUUUCAAUCCAAACACCAUGGAGAGGCAUUUGGAUUUCUGGCUGUGAGGUGUGCUCUGCAAAAUGUUUACCUUCUCAUCUCAAUAUUGAAUGGAUCAAGAAGCAAAUGUUCACCACAGGAUGCUUGUCACGUGGUAUGGCACUGAUGGCUAGUACAAGAGACUUAGUACAUUUGCCCCAAGACAACCCCUUUCAAACUAUGGAUGGAUUUAUUUAUUAAAGCAUUGAUUCUCUGA